AUUUAAAGUAUGUAUCAUUAUAGCUAGCUAAUAAUGGACACAGGACCAAAACAGAGGCGCCACGUAAAUCCACGCUAUACGGCGAACAUCUUUUCUAUUCUAACAUUUGGAUGGACAUUGGAGACGUUCAAGUUAGGUUACAAUCGUGAUAUUGGCAGCAACGAUUUAUAUGCGCCUCUACCAGAACACCGGUCGGAUGUCUUAGGUGAUGCUCUCCAGAGGGCAUGGGAACACGAAGUGCGCACGAGCACCGCGGCAGAAUCCAAGCCUAGCUUAUGGAGGGCGCUGCUUAAAGUCUUCGGAGCAGAGUUCAUGCUCUAUGGACUGAUCCUUGCAGCUAUGGAGUUUAUUAUACGGCUGCAGCAGCCGUUGUUCUUGGGUCUAGUGCUCCGUUACUACAAUCCAAUUCAAGAUUCCCAUAACAACACGAAUCGAUAUUUUUCCCGGCUGUUCCACUACUACGACGCGGCGGGAGGGGUGAGCUGGGGCGAGGCGGUGUUCUUCUCGCUGGGGGUGGUGCUCACGAGCGUGGUCAACGUGCUCGUGCAGCAUCCUUUCAUGAUGGCCGCUAUGCACAUCGGGAUGAAAAUGAGAGUUGGUGUUUGCAGCUUGAUUUAUAGAAAGGCUUUGAGAGUGAGUCUGCAGACGAUGGCUGACAACGGCGCGGGGCUGGUGGUAAACCUGAUGGCAAACGAUGUCAAUAGAUUCGACACGGGACCUUUAUUCGCACACUACCUUUGGAUCGGGCCCCUUGAGACCUUGAUCAUGACGAUGUUCCUGUAUCGAGAGCUGGGUAUGGCAGCCGUAUACGGAAUCCUUACAAUUGUAGCAGUAAUUCCAUUUCAAAUUUUCCUGGGAACACGAACGGCAUACUACAGACUGAAGACGGCUUUGAAAUCGGACGAGCGAGUCCGACUGACGAAGGAGAUCGUCAUGGGAAUAGAAGUGAUCAAGAUGUACACGUGGGAGGAACCGUUUCGAAGGCUUAUAGAUGAUGUCAGGAGGCAAGAAAUCCACAACAUCAAGAUGACUUCGUACAUCCGCGGUGUGAUAAUGUCGUUCAUAAUGUUCACGUCCCGGUUCGGCAUCUUCGUGACGGUGCUGGUGUACGCGGGCGCGGCGCCGCGCGUCACCGUCGAGACUGUGUUCUUCCUCACCUGUUAUUACAACAUCAUCAAGCAGACCAUGACACUAUUCUUUCCUCAGGGCGUAGGACAGAUAGCGGAAAUGAAUGUAGCGGUACAAAGGAUAAGAGACUACUUGAUAAGUGAAGAAUGCCAGUUUCCCCCAAAAACGUUUGAGCCGAGUGCAGGACCUACCGAAACCAUCAAAAAACGUGUAACAAUCGUUGUGGACCCGAAAGUACCUCCUCGUACGCCACCACCUCACAGCCCGGCCAGCACCUCAAACAUUCAAGAUAACGAUAAAAAUCAAGGUAAAGACAAGGUGAUGGUAAAUUUCGAAGGAGCGUCUAGCAGCUGGAUUAAGUCGAGCGACCAGUAUGAUGCCGAGGACAUUCAUAUUCAGAUCUUUUCUUGUUCGUUGACGACGAUAAUCGGAGCAGUGGGGUCGGGCAAGUCCACGCUGCUGCAUAUGAUUCUGGGAGAGCUCCCGUGCCGCACCGGCUCGCUGACCACCGCCGGCACCGUCAGCUACGCCAGCCAGGAGCCCUGGAUGUUUGUCGGAUCCGUGCGCCAGAAUAUUUUGUUUGGCCAGCCGUUUGUAAAAUCCCGCUACAUGGAGGUGUGCAAAGUGUGCGCACUCGAGAGGGACAUCUCGCUGUUUCCCCACGGAGACAGAACCAUUGUGGGCGAGCGCGGCGUGUCUCUGAGCGGCGGGCAGCGCGCGCGGAUCAACUUGGCCAGAGCCAUUUAUAAAGACGCGGAUAUUUACUUACUGGAUGAUCCACUUUCAGCGGUGGAUACUCAAGUUGCUAAACAUAUAUUUGAGAAAUGUAUAAAAAGGUACUUGGCGAACAAAACCGUCGUUUUAGUUACCCAUCAAAUUCAAUUUAUUAAGUCUGUGGACAAAAUAGUAAUAAUGGACAAAAGCAAGAUACUCGUCGAAGGAGCUCUCAAAAAUUUAAGUAAGCAGGAACUGAGCCUGAUCCGCGUGAUGACGGACAAGGUGCGGGAGGUGCAUGAGGAGGAGCCGAGCGCGAGCGCGGUGGCCUCGGUGGCACAGCCCAGCACCGUCAGCGCCUUCCGCAAGCACUGGUCCAUGCUGCUGGACGACAAGCACGCGGAUCUAAAACCAGAAGUAGAAAUGCAAUCUGAAGGGAGAGUAAAAAGUUCCGUGUACAGAGAGUACUUCUUGGCCGGCGCGGCGUGCCCGUACGCAGUCGGUGUUGCGCUCAUGUUCGUGUUCGCGCAACUGUGCGCUAGCGCCAGCGACGCCUGGCUCUGCAGAUGGAGCGACGCUGAAGACCGCUUGACUGGUGAUGCCACUGUUGACAACAUUAUUUGGUCAGAGAGCGGCAUGACCCGACAAUUCUUUGUGUUAAUAUUUGGAAUCCUCACUUUGGCUACUGUGAUUGUCGCUUUACUAAGAGCAUGCAUGUUCUUUUCAUUGUGCAUGCUGUCGUCUAUAAGGCUGCAUGAUAAAAUGUUCGAAUGUAUUUCCCGGUCACCUAUGAGUUUUUUCCAUGCAAAUCCUUCAGGAAGAAUUCUUAACAGAUUCAGCAAGGACUUGGGGGCCGUGGAUGAAUUACUACCACAAGCUAUGAUCGAUUGCUUUCAGAUAAUCCUAAAUCUGGUCGGUGUCAUCGUAGUCAUCCUCGUGAUGGACAUCACUUUACUGAUACCAAUAACAGCCGCAAUCAUAAUAUUUUACAUAUUAAGAGUUAUUUAUAUCCGAACCAGCGGUGCAGUAAAGCGUCUUGAAGGGAUUACGCGCAGCCCGGUGUUCGGGCACCUGACGGCGACGGUGCAGGGCCUGAGCACGGUGCGCGCGUUCGGCGCCGAGGCGCUGCUGGCGGCCGAGUUCGACCGCCACCAGGACCUGCACGGCGCCGCCUGGUACCUCUUCAUCACGUGCAGCCGCGCCUUCGGAUACUUCCUCGACAUCAUUUGUCUGCUCUUCAUCGUUUGCGUCACCUUCGGUUGUAUAAUGAAAACCGACAUAGAUGCAAGUACCGUGGGGCUGGCGAUCACGCAGUCGAUAUCUCUGACCGGCAUCUUCCAGUGGGGCAUGCGCCAGUCCGCCGAGAUGGAGAACCAGAUGACCAGCGUGGAGAGAGUGCUGGAGUACACUAACCUCACACUAGAACCUGCUUUGAGAGCCGAAGAAAAAGAUAAACCACCUCCCGACUGGCCAUCCGACGGUGCCAUUCACUUCGACCAGCUGAGCCUGAAGUAUGCGCCGGAAGGCCAUUACGUGUUGCAUAAACUGCAAUUCAACAUACAGCCUCACGAAAAGAUAGGAAUCGUGGGCAGAACUGGCGCCGGCAAGUCAUCCAUCAUUCAGGCCCUGUUCCGGCUUGCUUACUUGGAAGGUGUAAUCAGCAUCGACGGUGUGAACAUAUCUUCUAUCGGCCUACAUGAUUUGAGAGAAAAAAUAUCCAUCAUUCCGCAAGAGCCAGUCUUGUUCAGUGGCACCCUGCGGAAAAACUUGGAUCCGUUUGGCGAAUACACUGACGAUAUUAUGUUAAGUGCGUUAAGUAAAGUGGAGCUUAUAUCUGAUGAAGAGGAUUCUGAUGCGCUGAACAAGGUGGUAGCGGAAGGCGGCUGCAAUAUGAGCGUGGGGUCGCGGCAGCUGGUGUGCCUGGCGCGCGCCAUCGUGCGCGCCAACCGCGUGCUGUUGCUGGACGAGGCCACGGCCAACGUGGACCCGGCCACCGACGCGCUGGUGCAGGCCGCCAUCCGCACGCACUUCCAGCACUGCACCGUGCUCACUAUUGCCCACCGGCUCAACACGGUCAUCGACUCCGAUAAGAUAUUAGUGCUGGACGCCGGGCGCCUCGUGGAGUACGCGCCUCCGCACCUGCUGCUGCAAAACGCGAAGGGCGCCUUCAGGCGGAUGGUCGAGCAGACUGGCGCGACCAUGGCGGCGGAGUUGCGCCAGGUGGCCGAGGAGAGCUACAAGAAGACACGAGAUUGAAUAAAACUUCAU